AAGAUAAUGUUAGCCUUGGGACUCAGGUGAGACCUAGAGAGAGAAAGCUGGAGGGUACCUCCUGCGCAUCCUUUUCUGAUCUGCCAGCAGUCUUUAUCCAAGAGCUUGGCCGCGCGGCGGGCUGCGCGCAAAGCAUGGAAGGGCUCAUCUUCACCCGGUGACUCCGGUGGCGGAGGCGCGCUGGGCGUGCUCGUGAGCGACCAGCGAAAAGUUGUGCGCACUCUUGGUAGGAGGAAAGGGAGUGGAAACCAAGCGCGGGAGAGCGCAGGGGCAAGGCAGGGAGGGGGCGGGGUGGGGGACUGCUUACAUGAAUUUCCAAGUGGUAGACCUGCCUCUGAGCUCUGCCCAAUGAGAUCCGUCAGGGGAGGCACCCGGCUCACUUUUCCACAUCACUUCACAGUUACAUUUGGCAGGCAGGCGGGCUCGCAAGCCGGAGCGCUCAGCCCAGAAUUAGUGGAUGGAUUUGGAAUCUCCCUGCCUCCUCCAACCUCCGCCACUGUCACUUUGGGCAUAGACCUGAGCGUCAACACACGAGCUGUACUUUUAGACUGAGGACACAGAACCCAGCGCGCCAGCUUCGCAUCCCCGCACCAGGCGCCACAGCUCCGAGAGGCAUGAACGCGACCCGGAGGAGACUACCCUGCGCGCGGGGAUUCGUGGACAUUAGCCGUUCUUGGGAACUGACCCCCAGCUCCUCCAGCCAUUUAUGAACCCGGAGGCUUGAGGCUUUUCCGCAUCACGGAGCCCGACCUGAAAAACUUCAAUGAAAAGGAAGGUCAGUGGAUCGUAGUCUUUGAAAAGCUGCUUAGACAUGUCUGUUUCCCGGUUCCCUGAACACGUGGCAGAGCUGUAAGUAACCGCUUCGCAGUGCGUGAUGAAUUGGAUGGCUUCAGACCCGAGGCAAAAAAAAUAAUUGUCUCAUUUCCACGCUGAUUUGCUUAACUGGUGGGACCAUGCCAGAAAGGCUAGCCGAGACGCUCGUGGACCUCUGGACUCCAUUAAUAAUAUUAUGGAUUACCCUCCCUUCUUGUGUAUACACGGCUCCGAUGAAUCAGGCUCACGUUUUAACUACUGGAUCCCCUUUGGAACUAAGCAGGCAGAGUGAAGAAAUGCGAAUUUUGAGCCGCUCCAAAAGAGGCUGGGUUUGGAAUCAAAUGUUUGUCCUGGAAGAAUUUUCUGGACCUGAACCGAUUCUCGUUGGCCGGUUACACACAGAUCUGGAUCCUGGAAGCAAAAAAAUCAAGUAUAUCCUAUCGGGUGAUGGAGCUGGCACAAUCUUUCAAAUAAAUGAUAUAACUGGAGAUAUCCAUGCUAUCAAAAGACUUGACCGAGAGGAAAAGGCUGAAUAUACGUUAACAGCUCAGGCAGUGGACUGGGAGACAAACAAACCUCUUGAGCCUCCUUCUGAAUUUAUUAUUAAGGUUCAAGAUAUCAACGACAAUGCACCUGAGUUCCUCAAUGGACCGUAUCAUGCUACUGUUCCAGAGAUGUCCAUUUUGGGUACGUCUGUCACUAAUGUAACUGCCACUGAUGCUGACGACCCGGUUUAUGGAAACAGUGCAAAGUUGGUUUACAGUAUCUUGGAGGGACAGCCGUAUUUUUCCAUUGAGCCUGAAACAGCUAUUAUAAAAACUGCCCUUCCUAACAUGGACAGAGAGGCCAAGGAGGAGUACCUGGUCGUAAUCCAAGCCAAAGAUAUGGGUGGACACUCUGGUGGCCUGUCUGGAACCACAACACUCACAGUGACCCUUACUGAUGUUAAUGACAAUCCUCCAAAAUUUGCUCAGAGUUUGUAUCACUUCUCAGUACCAGAAGAUGUGGUCCUUGGCACUGCGAUAGGAAGGGUUAAAGCUAAUGAUCAGGAUAUUGGUGAAAACGCACAAUCAUCCUAUGACAUCAUCGAUGGAGAUGGGACAGCACUAUUCGAAAUCACUUCUGAUACCCAGGCCCAGGAUGGUGUUAUAAGACUAAGAAAGCCUCUGGACUUUGAGACCAAAAAAUCCUAUACUCUGAAGGUGGAAGCAGCCAAUAUCCACAUCGACCCACGUUUCAGUAGCAGGGGACCCUUUAAGGAUACAGCAACAGUCAAAAUUGUAGUAGAGGAUGCUGAUGAGCCUCCUGUCUUCUCUUCACCGACUUACCUCCUUGAAGUUCAUGAAAAUGCUGCUUUGAACUCUGUGAUUGGUCAAGUGACAGCUCGUGACCCUGAUAUCACUUCCAGUCCAAUAAGGUUUUCCAUUGACCGCCACACUGACCUGGAAAGACAGUUCAACAUCAAUGCAGAUGAUGGGAAAAUAACACUGGCAACUCCACUGGACAGAGAACUAAGUGUUUGGCACAACAUCACCAUCAUUGCUACUGAGAUCAGGAACCACAGUCAGAUAUCUCGAGUGCCUGUUGCUAUUAAAGUGCUGGAUGUCAAUGACAACGCCCCUGAAUUCGCAUCCGAAUAUGAGGCAUUUUUAUGUGAAAAUGGAAAACCCGGCCAAGUCAUUCAAACAGUAAGCGCCAUGGACAAAGACGAUCCCAAAAAUGGACAUUUUUUCUUGUACAGUCUUCUUCCAGAAAUGGUCAACAACCCAAAUUUCACCAUCAAGAAAAAUGAAGAUAAUUCUCUGAGCAUUCUGGCAAAACAUAACGGAUUCAACCGCCAGAAGCAAGAAGUCUACCUUCUGCCUAUAGUGAUCAGUGACAGCGGGAAUCCCCCUCUGAGUAGCACCAGUACCCUGACCAUCCGAGUCUGUGGCUGUAGCAAUGAUGGUGUGGUCCAGUCGUGCAAUGUUGAAGCUUAUGUCCUUCCUAUUGGACUCAGUAUGGGCGCCUUAAUUGCUAUAUUAGCAUGCAUCAUUUUGCUGCUCGUCAUUGUGGUUCUGUUUGUUACCCUGAGGCGGCAUAAAAAUGAACCACUAAUUAUCAAAGAUGACGAAGACGUUCGAGAAAACAUCAUUCGCUACGACGACGAAGGAGGAGGCGAGGAGGACACAGAGGCUUUUGACAUUGCAACUUUGCAAAACCCAGAUGGAAUUAAUGGAUUUUUACCCCGUAAGGAUAUUAAACCAGAUUUGCAGUUUAUGCCAAGGCAAGGGCUUGCUCCAGUUCCAAAUGGUGUUGAUGUCGAUGAAUUUAUAAAUGUAAGGCUGCAUGAGGCAGAUAAUGACCCUACGGCCCCACCAUAUGACUCCAUACAGAUUUAUGGCUAUGAAGGCCGAGGGUCUGUGGCUGGCUCCCUCAGCUCCUUGGAGUCCACCACAUCAGACUCAGACCAGAAUUUUGACUACCUCAGUGACUGGGGUCCCCGCUUUAAGAGACUGGGCGAACUCUACUCUGUUGGUGAAAGUGACAAAGAAACUUGACAGUGGAUUAUAUAAAUAAUCAAUGGAACUGAGCAUUCUGUAAUAUUCUAGGGUCACUCCCCUUAGAUGCAACAAAUGUGGCUAUUUGUUUUAGAGGCAAGUUUAGCACCAAUCAUCUAUAAACUCAACCACAUUUUAAUGUUGAACCAAAAAAAUAAUAAAAAUAAAAAGUAUAUGUUAGGAGGUGAUAAAUCUUGUGGAGUGUGAAUUAAGUAUGUGGAGUGUCUAGAAGUCUUUGGAUAUUUGAUAUUAACCUGACGGCCACAGUCAGAGAUUGGGAUCCUAGCUAAUCCUUAGAGAGUUGUUUAAGAGGAGAAAACAACAAAAACAAAAACAAAAUUAAAAGGUGCUUUAUUAGAAAAAAUGGACUUGCAAGGACUCUGCUGCUGAUAUGUGUCUUCUGUAAGGAUUCUUAUGAGUGCAAAUGGUUUUUACUUCCCUUCACCAAUAAGGAUCCCGUCACAAAUGAUAAAGCAAUACUUUGGUCUGCUGUACGUUAUGACUUUAUGGAGAUUGGGGAGGCCUCCUAGAUUAAGUGGUACGGUGACCAUACGUUGUACAUAAUUGUUGGCCCCACUCAACAGAGACUGAAUAGCAUCUUUAAAUAUUGUGUCGAGCCUUAAAAUAUUCACAUGUUCGUAAUCCAUUCCAGGGUGGGGAUUGCCAGCUCAAAGGUGGGAGGAGAGAAAUGCCAUUCAAACAGGCUGUGUCUAGAAGCAGGAUUCUUCGUUCCCUCCACUUCAUCUUCUUCCACAAGGACACAGAGAUAAACAGUAUUCCACAGUGGACCACAUCAGAGACAGAUGGUUUUAUUGCUAGCGUGUGAAUUUAUUUGUUUAAUCCUCAAAAUAAAUAUUUUAUUGAUGUCCAAUAAUGCUUUUAUUUAUUAAGGUUGGUAAUCUAUAGAUUAAGGGAUUAUAUGGGGAAAACUAAAUUAUAUCCAUUAAUAAUCCUUUAGAUUGUUUUAUAUUAAUAUCUAUACAAUGAAUGUUUAAUACAUGUACAUUUUGAUGAGAUAAGUAUGGCAGGCAAUAUUAUCAAGGGGAGAGAUAAUAGUCUCUUUAGAGUAGAAAGUGUAAUUGUGACUGGUGAUUACAGGAACAGCAUUUCCCAGAGAAACUUUUGGACUAUUUUCUAUUUUCUUCAUAAUCCUAGUAUUUGGUGUUUUUACUACAAGCACAAACAUCUGGAAGUAUAUUGAUUCCUGUGAAUAUUUAAACUCUAGACUUUUAGAUACUUACGUAAUGCCCCACCCAAUAAACAUGCUUCAAAUUUUCCUCUCCCAAAUAAUUCAGAGCAGAAACUGAUUUGUACAUAAUUUUACUGCUUAUGUUUUUUUUUUUUUUUACACUUCUAUCCCUGGUUAUGGUGAUGCGCAGAACGUCUUAGACUACAAAAGCAGAUCAGCACUAGAAGAUGUGAGCAUAUUUAAUUUGUAAUGCAAACCUGCCAUGUAGGAGUAGAAAUGUAUGAUAAAACUCAAGUAUUACAUGCAGAUCAUUUUACUUUUCUACUUUGCUUUAAUGCAAUAUUGUUUAUUUACUCCAUGUGUUGUAUUCAGAGAAACUCCUGUAUUGUUUCCUACUUUGUGAAAUAUAUUUUUAUAAAUAUCUUUGUUGUCAUCAUUUUUUCCAGCUACAUGAAGAUUUCUGAGCAGAACUAUUGACUCUAUCUAACUAAAAUUCUAAACUGUGCAAUGAAAUCUCACUGUGGGUCACUUUUAGUUUUAAGCAUCUUUAUUAUAGUAAAGAUCCAGAGAACAGAAAUGGAUUGCUAUUGAUCCCAUACCAAGAAAACAUCAGACACAUAAAAGUAAAUGCCAUACCUAAACGACAGUCAAGUGUGUUUUGGAGGUCCCUAAAUACAGAGGAUUGGGUGGAGAUAACGAAAGAGGGAAUAAAAGAUCAAGAAUGGAUUCUGCAUAGGAAAAGUCUAUAGGUGAGGUUACAGUCCAAAAUCUGGCAAAAUAAAGGGAUUGAAGAUUUGGAGAAAGAACCUAAACUACACUGCAGACAUGACCUUAGAGGAUCCAUUAGAAUAAGAUCCAUGGCUCCUGUCACCUGCUACUUCAGUCCCUAGCUUGGGGAUACUUUAGGAAAGCAUAAAUUUGGCUUAGAGAUGGAAGGCAACAGUUUCUGGAAGCUGUCUUCACCAUAUCAGAAUCAAAGUGACUAGAUAUUCAGCUAAAAGUUUAAUAGCUAUUCAGUGGCUUCCCACCUCCUCAUUGUUCACUACUGCCUGAUCAUAAUCCUUCAUUGAUUUGUCUCUCAGUGACUACUGAACACUUGUCAUAAAGUUGAAGGAAGAGAACGUAGUGACUUUUAUAUACAUCAGAUUAGCAAGCAUCAAAAACACUAUUACUAUAAUUUAUAUAAGAAAUAAAAACCCAAAUCCUAACUCUCUUGCACAUUAAAAACUAAGGUGGAAUUAAUUUUAUUUUCCAUUUUCACAUCAAACUCAUCUUUCUUACUUUAAAGGGAAGUAAUGUAUAAGACAUUUGUAACAGAUAUACCACACUAUUCUUUCUACAUGAUUAUAAAAUCAACAUUCUCAGUGUGGAUGAUCAAUAGAAGAAUAUUCAUAUGAUAGCGCUCAAGGGAAAGAGGCAAUUUAGGAUUAGUUUUCUAAUCUCCUUUAAAGUUUAUUUUGUCCAUCAAGAUAUCAUGGAUACAUGUGCCCCAUUAAUAACAUUUCUUUCCACUACUAUUCACAUAUUUUGUGCAUCAAAGCCAUUUAAAGGUUUGAUAUGGUGGAUAAAGUGGUGCUAUGUUUAAUGAUACAGGGAUAAUAUGUUUUUGCUAUGUGAAGUACAU